CCACACAAAUUAACCUUUGAAAUUCAAUCUUUUCAAACUCUCUUUCAAGCGAAGCUACCAAAAGCCAAAGUUUCCAAGUUUCAGUCUCCUCUUUUUUCAAGUUUCCCUUUGUUUCUCCUCCAUUUCCAGCCCUCUUAAAUAAAGCCUUGCUAUAUUUAUCUUCCUUUACUUGUGAUUCCUUCACUCUUACUCUUACUACUAGUUUUUUAUUGUACAGAUUCUAUUUUUGGGAGGUUAAUUUGGAGGUCCAAUUUGUUCUCUAAAAGAAGGAGAAGAAGAAGAAGAAGAAGAUGGGUAGUUUGAGUACUAGUGUUACUUCCAUGCUCCCUUCAAACCCAAGAUCCUCUGUUUUUGAGCAGCACAGAUCUCUUUUUCUCUCUAGAACAAGAUCCAAGAAGAAAAAUCAAGCUAUUGUUCCUGUGGCAAGAUUGUUUGGACCAGCAAUUUUUGAGGCAUCAAAGUUAAAAGUUCUGUUUUUGGGAGUGGAUGAGAAGAAGCAUCCAGGGAACCUGCCAAGAACUUAUACUCUCACACAUAUUGUUGUCAUUGUCAGCUUGAUCACAAAUUCAAAUUUGUCUGAAUCUCACUCAACUUCUGCUUCUGUGUUCAAAUGUAUGCCUCACAGAGGGAUAACAGGGAAGCUGGGAAGGGGAAGUUCUCCCUGUUUUAUUCUUUAUAAAACACACAACUAGAGGCAAUGGAGAAUUUGUUUUAAAAUUACAAUAGAGAAUUUGAAGUGGGAAAAGAAGAGUUUAUAUUUACAAUAAAUGAGAAAAAAAAAA